GUCAGUCGCCUUCCUAAGCAUUAUCCCAUAUGAGGAUUAUCUAAUUAUCUCUGACCCUUCAAUCGUUCUGUUACUUCAACGAAAAGGUCAGACUCUCAUUUGCAGACAAUUUUUUCCUCAACUCAUUAAAACCGUUUCUGCCAUAAACGUUCUCGUUCGAUAAACAGGCGCUUCAACAUUUAUUUGGUUUCCAUUUUGGAACUACUUUGCCGGUUGGUUCUUUGAAGUUUAAGACAGCUUGGUCAUCCGGAACUCUAUUUCUAGACUAGGAUUUUUAUCUUGUUGGCAGCUUUAGUGGCCAAGAGAAAUAAAGAUAGUUGAAUUGGUAGCUGGGGUUUCUGUUUCACAUCACGUGAAAAUUUGGUUUGUCACAACAAGUGUAACUGCUUCACUAAUUGUUAUAAUUCAGCCUUUUAUUUACCUCAAGAAAACAGAGAGAGAGAGAGACCGAGAUCUAUGUAUCUGCUUCUGUGAUGUCCUUGCUGCGUUUGUCACCAUGAAUCAAUCGGGGCCAGCAGUUGAAGUCACCAAAGAUAGAAAUGGAAUCCUUCAGGUUGUGCUUAGGAAUCCUCGAGGGGCAUCAGCAAGGGUCAGCUUGUACGGAGGACAGGUCCUUUCAUGGCGGACUGACCGAGGAGAAGAGUUGCUAUUCGCAAGUACGAAGGCAAUCUUCAAGCCACCAUACGCAGUGCGAGGAGGAAUACCUAUAUGCUUUCCACAGUUUGGUCAGCGAGGAUCGCUGGAGCAACAUGGGUUUGCCAGGAACAGGAUUUGGAUCAUUGAUGACAAUCCACCACCAUUGCAUCCAAAUGAUCCAAGUGACAAGGCCUAUACUGACUUGCUGUUGAAGCCAUCAGAAGACGAUUUGAAGAUUUGGCCAAACAGUUUCGAGUUUCGUCUUCGGGUAUCUUUGACAGCAGAUGGGAAUCUAAGCUUGAUGUCACGCAUCAGGAAUAUCAAUUACAAGCCUUUUAGUUUCUCAAUUGCUUAUCUCACAUAUUUCUCCAUCUCUGAUAUCAGUGAAGUUAGGGUAGAGGGAUUGGAAACUCUUGACUAUCUUGACAACCUAUGCCAAAGGGAACGGUUCACAGAACAAGGAGAUGCCUUGACAUUCGAAUCUGAGGUGGACAGAAUUUAUCUUGGCUCUAGAGAUACCAUUGCCAUCUUCGAUCAUGAAAGAAAACGGACCUUUCUAAUACAGAAACAAGGCCUUCCAGAUGUUGGGGUUUGGAAUCCAUGGGAAAAGAAAUCGAAAACCAUGGUUGAUUUUGGGGAUGAAGAAUAUAAGGAGAUGCUUUGUGUCAAUGGAGCAGCAGUUGAAAAACCAAUCACCUUGAAACCAGGUGAGGAAUGGACAGGCCGCUUGGAGCUCUUGGUUGUCCCUUCAAGUUGAACCACUGCUCAUCAUGUUUUAAUCCCAUAUCAUGCCUCAGCUUCUAAAGAAAUGACAGCAAAUAAUACAAAUAAAGUCCCCCACGGCACAUCUUUACACGUAUCUGUCAAUUGAAUUCCUCUUCAAUUAUUUAUACUGCAAAUAAUAAUCACUGUACCCCAAGUAUUGGGUCAUGAAAAUCUCAAAUCCUGCAAAUGGAGAUAUGUUCUAGUGUUUCUCCGUAAUAAAAAUCAAUUGCAAGCUAAGCUAUUCCAAUA